UAUGAGCAUGAAAAUCUUGUUUAUUUUUGUAUUAGCCAUGAAUUUAUUUCCGAAACCCAAUAAUAGCAAAAUUUUCCCAAAAUAUUAUGUCCAUAUUGUGAAUGAAUUGAGGCAGAAUCAGGAUUUGUUUAUACACUGCAAAUCUGCAGACAAUGAUCUUGGCCGUCAUAAUCUUCUGAAAGGGCAAGAAUUUGGUUGGAGUUUCCGGUUAAAUUUCUUCGGGACGACCCUUUUCUGGUGCAAUUUGGCUCCAAAUGAACGUUGUUCUGCCAAAUUAGUUGUUUUUCAGAAUAGUCAAUACUUAUUUGAUAGGUGCGGUUAUGAGCAACGCUGCAUUUGGAUUGCAAGAGAUGAUGGAGUUUACUUAAGAAAUAAUGCAAUGAAGAUUGACGAGUUUCAACGACGCUGGGAAUCCGCGACGCUGAAGCCGUGUUAUAAUAUGUUGGCAGUAAGUGCAUAAUCAGUUGUUGUAUGUGAUUUACUUCUUAAAAUAUUGAAUAAUAAAUCAUUUUUGAUUCGUUA